GAGACUUCAUCAUGACCUUUAACACGUCAUUGCAUCGCUCAUGGUGGAUGGAGAAUGGUCCUGGUUGCCUGGUGAUCCCAGUGAUCAACUCCAACCUGGCCUUAGAAGACCAUCACGUCAUCACAGUCACUGGAUGCUUGCUUGAUUAUCAAUAUAUUGAGGUGGUGAGCAGUGCAAUGCAGAUAUUUCUUGCGCUUUUUGGAUUUGUUUACGCCUGCUAUGUCAGCAAAAUGUUUAUGGAGGAGGAAGACAGCUUCGAUUUCAUUGGAGGGUUUGAUUCCUACGGCUACCAAGCACCUCAAAAGAUGUCGCACCUGCAGCUACAGCCUUUGUACACCUCCGGAUAAUUGCUUCCUUGUCUACCUACAGCGAACCAGCCUUUGGGGACGUUUGCAGAAAAAAAGAACAACAGCAAUGCCAACA